AUGGUGCGGCCUGGACUCUCCGCCGCUGCUGAAGAGCGGCAGAGAAAGCUGCAGGAGUACCUAGCAGCCAAGGGAAAACUGAAGUGCCAAAACACCAAGCCUUACCUGAAAGCCAAGAAUAAUUGCCCAAAUCCUCCGCCUUCUAAAUCUACUAUUGGACCCAAAAAGGAUGUUACCAACCAUGUUGCCUUGCCAGUCAAAGCUACAAGAUCCAUCAGCAUUACACUGCAGUCCAGACCUGCCAAUAUCACCAGGUCUCAGAGACCAAAGUUGGAGCCACCAAAACUAGGUAAAAGGCUCACUUCAGAAAGUGUUUCUUCUAACCCAAACGGUAAGCCUCCUGGCAGUAGUCAACAGCUGCAUGGAUUUGGAUCGUCCACUGAUGGAGAACAGCCAAGAGAAACCAUGGGAUCACUUAAUAUACAGGAACUGAAAACUACAAAGCAGCAGGUAACAGAUCAAAGAAUUGCUAAACGUACAGACCCUGUGGACAAUACGCAUGUUGAAAAUGAAUCCCUGGGUGGCUGUCUAAAGGAGAUGAAUAAAGAGAACUUGCCCCAAGACUUACCAGACUCUGAAAGGAAGCCAAAUCCUGAAUCCUGGACCAUAAAUAAGCCCAAAACAAAUCAAACUAAAAGCACUUUGGCUCCUCCCAGAGAAGUCUUGGGCAAAAGCUCAGGGAACAGUGCUGCUCUGACACAGAAAGUUAGGAAACCAUUUGUUGAAGAAACACAAACCAGGGUUCUACCAGGGAAGUCUCAAAAACUCUCUAGAGGAGCAGACCUUAUAAGACCAGGGGGGAAACCCCCCAAAACCCUCCCCUCUCACUUUGUCCAGACACUUAAUAGAUCUCAAGCCACAAAGAAAACAGUGGUUAAGGACAUAAAGGCUGUAAAGGGUAAUAGAGGUAAGUAUGAAAGACCAAAUGAAACUACGUUACAGUCAUACACUGUUACUGAGCAGAAAGUAAAACACAGCAAACCCAGUACGCACCCCAAUGUGCUUCAAGGAGGAUGUAGCCACAGACAUCCAAACAUUAAGCAAGAUCAUAAACCCACUCAGGUUUGUUGUAGACCUCAGACAUCAUAUGCACUGCAGAAAUCAAAAGCCAUAAGCCAAAGGCCAAAUUUGACUGUUGGCGGCCUUAACUCCAUCAUUCCAAACACCCCUAGCAUCAGAGCAAAUGGAACCACUGGGAAUAAAUGCAACACCAGCUGUCAGCAAAGAGCACAGACUUUGGACUCCAAGUUCAAAAGCGCUCCUCCCCAGAAUUGUUUUCUAAACAAGACAGCUCCCCGGAUUCAAGCUGGUGGCCCAACCGUAAGUGGAAGAGGAGUCCCAGAUGGGGCGCAAACUAAUCCACGUCAGAAGAUCGCAGCAGAGGAUCGAAGGAAACAAUUGGAAGAAUGGCGGAAAUCUAAGGGGAAAAUCUAUAAACGGCCUCCUAUGGAGCUUAAAACAAAAAGAAAAAUAAUAGAGGAAAUGAAUAUUUCAUUCUGGAAGAGUAUGGAAAAAGAAGAGGAAGAAAAGAAAGCACAACUUGAACUGUCCAAUAAAAUUAACAGCACUCUGACAGAAUGUCUGCAGCUCAUUGAAAGGGGUGUACUUUCUAAUGAGGUAUUUGCCAUUUUGUCCAGUAUUCCUGAGGCUGAAAAAUUUGCUAAAUUUUGGAUCUGCAAAGCAAAGUUGUUGGCAGGCAAAGGCACCUUUGAUGUUAUUGGGCUCUACGAAGAGGCCAUUAGAAAUGGGGCCACACCAAUACAAGAGUUGCGGGAAGUUGUCCUUAAUAUUUUGCAAGACCGAAACAGAACCACAGAAGGAAUUAUCUCUAACUCCUUAGUUGCUGAAACUAAUAUAACAUCAGUAGAAGAGCUGGCCAAGAAGACAGAAUCUGGAGCAUCUUGCCUUUACCCAAAAGAGAGCAAACAGAUGUCAGUAACACCCCAAAUAACAAAGUCAGAACAGGAUGGUCAUCCUGGUAUCAAAUUACAGAUCGCCCCAAUCCCUCGGAUAAAUGGGAUGCCAGAGGUGCAGGACAUGAAGCUGAUCACACCCGUGAGGCGUUCGGCCAGGAUCGAACGAGCUGUGUCCCGCUACCCGGAAAUGCUGCAGGAACAUGAUCUCGUGGUGGCUUCUCUCAACGAGCUCUUAGAAGUGGAAGAGACCGAGUGCUUUAUAUUCCGCAAAAAUGAGGCUUUGCCUGUAACGUUAGGGUUUCAAGUCCCUGAAUCAUAA